AUGGAUCAAGAACAAAAUGACAAGACAGUCAAAGGAACAAUUUUGAUUCCAUGCCGAACAGCUACUAGAGGAACCUUCCCUCUUAAUGGAACAUACUUUCAGGUCAAUGAGGUAUUUGCUGACCACAAAACCACUCGAUGCCCUAUUGCUGUUCCAAGAGAAUCUAUUUGGGAACUACCAAAGCGAUCAUUAUAUUGUGGAACAGGUGCAACAUCAAUAUUUAAAGGCAUGUCAACUAAAGAAAUCCAAUAUUGCUUCUGGAGAGGUUUUUUCUGCAUUAGAGGGGUCGACAGGGUUACUAGGGAUGCCAGACCACUUUCAGUCAAAUUCCACCCUCACAACAGUAAGACUAAACAUGCAGACGACGAGUAA